GCAUUUUUUUAUUUUCGGACUCUGCCUUACCCUUCUUCUUUUAGUCUCGUCUCCUUCUCGAGACGCGACUGUAAACGAGAGACUUUGAGCUUUCACAGUAACGCACAGGACUUCAGUUCAAAGAGUUGAUUUUGGGUUCGUUUUCAUUGGAGUAGAGAUUGGAAAUCAGGUCAGAAAAAGAGAAGUUCUUGUUUAAGAAAUGUCGAAUGUCAGCGAUUCAUCAAUGAAGACUUCAACUUAGUUGAAUGCCAUUUCCAGAAUUGCGAAGCAGAUAAGCUUCUUUAAAGGGUGUUGAAACUGGAAACCUGAUAGGCGAAGAAAUGGUUCUGCUUUGCUCAUAACGCACCUGGGGGAGGUCUUUUCUAGGGUUUUUGUUAUUUCGAUUUGUUGUUCCUUGACAAGUUCUUUUUUUUUUUUUUGACUUUCAGAAAUAGAUCUUUUCCCUUUGUUGCUUGUUUCCAUUUUCUGAGAAAGCUUGUGGAGAAGGAAAAGAUUUUCUUUUCAUUUAGUAUUAGUCUUGGGUUUCUUGUAUCCCAGAGGAAAUCUCAAAGCUUCCCCGGUUCUCGUCUGAGUUGUAGACAGAGGUCGCCAUUGGAGGAUAUCUUCCCCUGUUUUCGUCCAUUGUCUUCCCCUGUUUCACGCUAAAUGCAGGGAGCCGGUGAAGGGGCGACGAUUUCUCGGCAAUUUUGAUUUUCGAGGGCAGAUGGAUUCCGUUAAGCCGGCGGCGGCGAACUCGAACGUCGCCGGGUUAGUGCGCAGUUUUGCUAAAGCACUUCGCUUUAAGGCCGUGGGAGUCGCGCCUGAUGAUGGAGUUAAGAGGUUGAAGUUCCGGGAGGAGAAGGCAAAGAGUGGUCCAUUAACAGGGCAUCGAUCUCAGCCUUUUGCGGAUAAAGAUGAAGAUGAGAAGCUUCGGAAUAGAGCUGCCCUGGAGGCUUUCCUUGCGACACUCUUUGCUAGCAUUUCGUCUGUGAAAGCUGCUUAUGCCCAGCUCCAGAUAGCUCAGUCCCCUUAUGAUGCUAAUGGUAUUCAAACUGCAGAUGCGGUGGUAGUGUCUGAGCUGAAGCAUCUCUCCGAACUGAAACAGUGUUACUUGAAGAAGCAGAUCGUUCCUUCUUCUGAGGUUACACCGUUGUUGGCUGAAAUUCAAGAGCAGAAAAAUCUCUUGAAGACUUAUGAAAUCAUGGUGAAGAAGUUUGAGUCCCAGCUUAAGCUCAAGGACUCUGAGAUUACGUUUCUGAGAGAGAAAUUAGAGGAGUCUGAUAGACAAAACAGAUUGAUUGAGUGGAAGCUAAAUCCAAGUGGGCCUUUAUCCGUUCUAGAUGAUCUGCACUUGUCGGGCUUGAAUCCAAACCAUUUUAUUACGGUUCUGCGACAUGUCAUUAAGUCGAUUAAGAGCUUUGUCAAACUUAUGAUCGACCAGAUGGGUACAGCAGGGUGGCAUAUUGAUGAGGCAGCAAGUUCAAUUGAACCUGGUGUCGCCUACUGCAAGCCCGAAGACAGGAGCUGUGUUUUUGAAUAUUUUGUCUGUCGAGAGAUGUUUGAUGGUUUCCAUCAGCCAAAUUUUUCUCUUCCCGUGGAGCCAUUGUCCGAAAAGAAACAAAUGCAACGCCAUUUCUUUGACAAGUUCACAGAAAUGAAGUCUAUAAGAGUGAAGGAGUUUUUGUCACGGAAUCCAAAUUCGACAUUUGGGAAAUUCUGCCGGGCCAAGUACUUGCGCCUUGUACAUCCAAAGAUGGAAGCUUCCUUCUUCGGUGACCUGAACCAGAGAAACAUAGUAAACUCCGGCGGGUACCCAGGUACUCCAUUCUUUGCUACGUUUGCAGAAAUGGCAAAGAGGGUUUGGUUCCUGCAUUGCUUGGCCUUCUCGUUCGAGCCCGAAGCCUCUAUAUUUCAGGUGAGGAAGGGGUCCCGUUUCUCAGAAGUAUACAUGGAGUCUGUAAACAAUGAUGCAUUCUUCUCAUCCAGCAACCCCAAUGUGGCUUUCACCGUCAUCCCUGGGUUCAAGAUCGGCAAGACUGUUAUACAGUGUCAGGUGUAUCUGUCUUCAGCUUGAUCUCAGGUGAACAUCGGGGCGAACCUACCGCUGAACUGAUGUUGAUCGUCUGAUGCCACCGUUGUUUCCUUUUCCUCGGCCGACCAGUACCUGACAAAGCUGCAUCAGCAGUUCAGGAAUCUGGGUCCACCCGUGAAGAGGGGGCAGAGGGACUCUGAUCUGGAAUUUGGAGCGUAGAGGGAAAAAGGUGAGCUCAGUUGCUCAGGUUGUGGGGACCCGACAUGGUUUUCUGGGUUCCUCUCUUUGUUUUGUGGCGAAAAAACAUAACAUUGUAUGGUCUUCUGUUGGAAUAUACGCCAUUUUGUUAUUUCCCUCCUUUUGGAGAGAUUUUGUUAAUAGCCAAGCAACCAAGCAACAACAGAGCUUGCAAGAAAACACUUUCAUUGUUAACUAAUCUUGGCCUAAUAUAAACAUUUUUCUAAUUUUUGUUUGUAUAUAUGUAUGUAAUCGUCGAAGUGAUGAUGGAAAUUUUUAAUUGAACAUCUUUUGAUUUGGGAUCA